GUUUACUACCAACAACACCACCAACGCCAAAUUUGAUAGGUGGUGGACGGGUGAAGUGAAAGAAAACUCAUUUUAAUUCCAUUCUUUCUAUUCGUAUAUGUGUAAUUUAAAUGAAAUUUGAUAACUUAGUUUCGUAAAAUAAUCCUUAGACUGUGCAUUCCCGUUGAAAGAGCCGGACGUGUAGAUUAAAAUGGCAGAUUUUCUGGAAUCUGAAGCGGAGGAGAGCGAGGUUGAAUCCGAUGACGAGCAACCAGCAGAGCGCAAAAAGCCAAAGCGUAAAGCUGCAGUCCAGAGUGAUGAUGAGGAGGAGGAUGAAGAAGAUGAUGAAGACAGACUCAGAGAAGAGUUAAAAGAUUUGAUAGACGACGCACCUAUAGACGAGGACAGUGACGGGGAGGACUCGGAUGCCAGCGCAGGGCCAAAAAAAAGAAAAAAAAGUGAUGACGAACUGGAUGAUAGGCUAGAGGAUGAAGAUUAUGAUCUCAUUGAGGAGAAUCUUGGUGUAAAAGUUGCUAGGAAUAAAUUCAAGCGUCUGCGCCGUUUGGAAGACGACGACAGCGACAAUGAAGGAGCUGAUGACCCUGAGCUGGAGAGAGAAGUCAUUGCCGAGAAGCUGUUUGUUGCUGGCUCUGAUGAGGAGGAUGAGAACCGGUCCGAGUCCGCAGCCCCUCGGGAAGUGGAAUACGACGAGGAGGGCGAGGAAGGUGAAUCAGACGCCGACGAUUUCAUCGUCGACGACGACGGCAAGCCCAUCGCUAAGAAGAAACGGAAACCUAUAUUUACUGAUGCGUCUUUACAAGAAGGCCAGGACAUAUUCGGCGUAGAUUUCGACUACGACGAGUUCGACAAGUAUGGCGACGAGGAUUCAGAAGAGGACGAGGAGGAGGACUUGGACCAGUAUAUUUCUGACGACGAGGAGGAAGGUGAAAGGAAACGCACAAAGAAAGGCAAGGCCAAGCGUCCAAGCAAGAAAUCUAUCUUCGAAAUAUACGAGCCUAGCGAACUCAAGAGAAGCCACUUCACAGACCUGGAUAAUGAGAUCCGCAAAACCGACAUUCCGGAGCGCAUGCAAAUCCGCGAGGUGCCCAUCACCCCCGUGGCCGAGGGCAGCUCUGAACUGGAAGACGAGGCCGAAUGGAUAUACAAGCAGGCCUUCCUCAAGCCACCCGUCUCGAAAGCGGACUCGCAGGAGUCCCGCGAAAGGACUCGACGGGGCCCAAGCACCGUGGUUAAGAUCCGACAGGCGCUGGACUUCAUGAGAAAUCAGACGCUGGAAGUUCCGUUCAUAGCGUUUUACCGCAAGGAAUACGUGCAACCGGAGCUUAGUAUCAAUGAUCUUUGGAAGGUCUACAAGUAUGAUGCUAAGUGGUGCCAGCUAAAACAGCGCAAGGAGAACCUCCUCAAGCUGCUGGAGAACAUGCGAGAGUUCCAGCUGGACAAGGUGAUGCUGAACCCCGACGCGCCCAUACCCGAGAACAUGAGGCUCAUCAAGGAUGAGGACAUCGACAGGCUAAAGAGCGUGCAAUCACCAGAAGAGCUCCGCGACGUGCACACACACUUCCUGCUCUACUAUUCCAGCGACCUGCCCGAGAUGCAGAAAGUGCAGCGUACUAAGGAGAAGAAGCGGGAAAUCGAGGAGAAAAAACGAGCAGCUCGCGCGGAGGCCGAGCGCAACGGUGAGGAUCCCGAAGAGGCCGCCGCGAGCGUUGAAGCCAUGCCUGAUGAAGAAGAUGUCAUCGAAGUGAAAUACGCAGCGCGCUCCGGCCCUUAUGAGCUGUGCCGUCGCGCUGGCAUCGAUGGCCUCGUGAAAAUGUUCGGUCUGACGCCUGAGCAGUUUGCGGAGAACGUGCGAGACAACUACCAACGGCAUGAGGUUGAGCAGCAACCCAUACCGCCGCUGGAGGCUGCCGCACCUUUUGUGGGUGCCAGUGGGUCAGCGCAAGAAGUUCUACGGCGGGCGGUGUACAUGUGCGGAGUACAGCUGGCACGCGAGCCGCAACUCCGGGGAACGUUGCGAGAUGCGCUCCGUGAACGAGCCACUGUAUCGGCGAAGCCUACUGCCCGCGGUCUGAAGGAGAUCGAUGAGAGUCACGCGUGCUACAAUAUGAAAUACCUGAAGAAGAAGCCAGUCCGCGACCUGACGGGCGACCAGUUCCUGCGACUGACCAUGGCGGCAGAAGACAAAUUGCUAGACCUCACCAUCAGCGAGAACAUCGAGGGUAACACUGGGCCAAACUAUCUUGAGGAACUCAAAAAUUUGUAUCAAAAGGACGAGUUUGCGGCAACGGUGCAGGCGUGGAAUGAGCUGCGCGCCGAGGCCGUGACCAUCGCCUUCUCCAAGAUCGUGAUGCCCGAGAUGCGGCGCGAACUCAACGCCCUGCUGCUGCAGGAGUCCAAGGAAUACGUGCUCAAGUGUUGUCGGCGGAAAUUAUACGACUGGUUGAAAGUGGCGCCGUACGAGUCGAGAGUUUCGGAUGACGACGACGAAGAAUGGGACACCAAUAAUGGCCUCCGAGUGGUCUCCAUCGCGUACGUGCCGGACCGGCAGCACUCCGCGUUCGCGUGCCUGUGCGCGGGCGGCGGCGAGGUGGCCGACCACCUGCGCCUGCCGCACCUGCUGUACCGCCGCAACGCCUGGGACGCCAUGGAGCGGCUCAACAAGGAGGCCGACAUGACCGCGCUGCGAAGAUUCAUCCUCCGCAAGAAACCGCAUGUGAUAGUUAUCGGCGGCGAAUCCCGCGAGGCGCUGAACAUCAAAGCGGACGUCAUCGAGGUGGUUCAGCAGCUGGUCGAAGACGAACAGUUCCCGCGUAUACCCGUGGAGAUAGCUGAUAACCACAUCAGCAAGAUCUACAGCAACAGUUUGCGCGGAAGGAAUGACUUCAGAGAAUAUCCAGAAAUCCUCCGCGAAGCCAUCUGCCAAGCGCGCCUUCUUCAAGAUCCGUUGAUGGAGAUCUCUACACUGUGUGGGCACGACGAGGAGAUACUGUGCUUCCGGUACCAUCCGCUGCAGGACCAGAUCGCUAAGGAAGACCUGCUCGAGGGCAUCGAGCUGGAGUUCGUCAACAGGGUGAACGAAGUCGGCGUUGACGUAAACGAGGCCAUUCUAACGGGCAGAGGUACGGAACUGCUUCAGUUCGUAUGCGGUCUGGGACCAAGAAAAGCCCAAGCCCUAAUUAAACUCUUCAAACAAACCAACCAGAAGUUAGAGAACAGAACACAACUCGUCACAUUCUGCCAUAUGGGACCUAAAGUAUUCAUCAACUGCUCGGGUUUCAUCACAAUUGACACAAGCAGCUUAGGAGACAGUACGGAAGCGUACAUAGAAGUUCUAGACGGUUCCAGAGUACACCCAGAAACGUAUGAGUGGGCGCGGAAAAUGGCAGUAGACGCUUUAGAAUAUGAGGACGAAGAUGCCAACCCAGCCGGUGCUUUAGAAGAAAUUUUAGAAGCCCCUGAGAGGCUAAAAGAUCUAGACUUGGAUGCGUUUGCUGAAGAGUUAGAACGACAAGGCUUCGGUAAUAAGAGCAUAACCCUAUACGAUAUACGAGCGGAAUUGAACUCUAGGUACAAGGAUCUUAGGGUGCCUUAUCGCUCGCCGACGCCCGAGGAACUGUUCGACAUCUUGACCAAAGAGACUCCCGAAACAUUCUUCGUAGGUAAAAUGGUGCUGGCUUCUGUUGUGGGGAUCACGCACAGGAAACCUCAGAGAGAAAUGCUCGAUCAGGCUAAUCCAGUGAGGAAUGAUGAGACCGGGCUCUGGGAGUGUCCAUUCUGUCAUAAAAACGAUUUCCCAGAGUUGUCAGAGGUGUGGAAUCAUUUCGACGCAGGCGCUUGCCCGGGCCAGGCCACGGGGGUCCGCAUCCGGCUCGACAACGGUCUCUCGGGCUACAUCCACAUAAAGAACCUCUCAGACAGACACGUGGCAGACCCGACCGAACGCGUGCGCAUUGGCCAGACCGUACAUUGUAGGAUCUUGAAGAUUGACGUAGAGCGGUUCUCUGUGGAUUGCUCGAGUAAAUCGUCGGAUUUGUUGGAUAAAAAUAACGAAUGGAGGCCUUCAAAAGACCCAUACUAUGACCAAGAAGCUGAAGACAAAGACGUGCGCAAAGACAAAGAGACGAAACAAACAAAAGAGCGGAUGCAAUACGUGAAGAGAGUCAUCGUCCACCCGGCCUUCCACAACAUCUCGUUCGCGGAGGCCGAGAAACUGAUGGAGAACAUGGCGCAGGGAGAGGUCAUCGUGCGACCGAGUAGCAAGGGGUCUGACCAUCUCACAGUUACGUGGAAGGUAGCCGAUAGCAUCUGUCAACACAUUGACGUUCGAGAGGAGGGCAAAGAAAAUGCUUUCUCGUUAGGCCGAAGUCUCUGGAUUCAAGGCUCUGAAUUCGAGGAUCUCGAUGAAAUCAUCGCGCGCUACGUCACUCCCAUGGCCGGUCACGCGCGCGACCUCAUCUCCUACAAGUACUACAAACCGCUCGGUGGAAUGCGAGACAAAGCCGAGGAAAUACUCAAAGAGGACAAAUCAAAGAACCCCAACAAGAUACACUACGUGAUAUCGGCGGCGAAGAACCAUCCAGGUAGAUUCCUACUGUCUUAUCUACCUCGAGCGCGCUGCACGCACGAAUACGUGUCGGUGACUCCAGAUGGUUACAAAUUUAGGCAGAGGAUGUUCGACUCUCUAGGAGGUUUGCUCAAAUGGUUUAAGGAGCACUUUAGGGAUCCUCCGCCCCACGGCACGCCGGCAGCGCGCACUCCCGCCAUGAGAACGCCGCACGGAAUGUCCUCCAUGUACCACACACCCGCCGCGCACACGCCCGCGUUCCACACCCCCGCACACACACCCGGGCCCGCGUACAUCAACACUCCCUACACGCCGUCCGCUCAAACUCCGUACAUGACGCCGUUCGCGACCACACCCAGGCAACCAGACUUCCUGACGCCCGCGGUGAUUCCCCGCCACAAACCGGCGCCGGUGCCGGUUUACCAGGAGCCAUCCGAUUGGCAGAAGGCGGCCGAGGACUGGGUGCGGCAUAGGACCGUGCGCGACACCCCGUCGACGCCCCGCAGCAGCGAAGGCAUGUCCACUCCGCGACAGUCGAGCCGCACGCCCCGCAUGGACUCCCGCUCGACGCCCCGCCACGACUCCCGCACGCCCCGCCACGACUCUAGAAGCACCCCGCGGUCGCACUCGGGCAGACAGUCGCGCGCGCAGUCGGUGCGCUCGACGCCGCAGACCAACACGUCGCCGCGGUCGAUGUCGCUCGGCGACGCCACCCCGUUGUACGACGAGAACUAAGCGAAGACUGCUUAAUGUAAGGAUGUAUUUUUAUUUUUGUACCGCGGAUGCUGAGGCGUUUCCCCGCGACGGAACGUUUGUAAGGGAACGAUUUCUUUACACCUCGAAGCUCGCAUUUCUGUCGGCCGGUGUAUUAAAGUGAUUGUUCUCUUGUGACGGUGAGGAACGUCGACGGAUUUGUAUGAUUACGAAUGAAAUGUUAAACAUUUAUAGCUAAUUAUACGACAAUUAUGUGUAUUGAAUGACAUGACUUAAUCCUAGUCUUUAAAGUUUCGAAAAUUUAAGCUCGAUGACUUGUUUUUCUUAACUUGUAUAGACGAACACUUUAUCCUGUUGCCACUAAAAGAUCCAAUGUAAAAAUCUUCCUUUAUCCGGCAUAUUAGAAUAGGUAUUUUAUAUAUCUAAAUGUGGCUAACGAUUGUAAUUAUCAUAAUUAUUUAUUAUUUCUGAAAUCCAAGGAUUGUGCUAGAUAAUAUUAUCUUUAAUAAUGUUUAUUUACCAAGUUAAGUUGGUAUUUCUUUGACAUCAGAUAGUCUGAAAUUGUGACUAAAUAAUUAUGAACUCUAUUGGAAUCAAAUUGUUUCAACUAUCACACUUACUGUGUCAAUUUAUAUCAAAAUUGUCUGCUCGACUUCUAGCGGAUUGGCCUGUUUGUUACAAGAGAACUUCUAAGUUAUAUGUAUCCUAAUUUCCGGUAUUCCAGGAAGUCCCUGGAAAUUUAUUAGCAAAUUUAAAUUGAGUCCGCCUCCAUACUACUCAACAACAACGCGGUGUAGGCCGAAGUUUAGGUAUAAAACCAUCCGAAUUUCCGAUCCCUGCUUCUAACCCUGACAUCACUCUGAUUUAGGGGAAAAGUCAAACGUUAUGAAGUAAGAACUUACUCCACAAAUUGUCCUUUUUUCGUUAUGACAUUAUUUUCAUACAACAGAGUGGAUUUUUUUUUUACUAUUUUACUUUAUUAGGUACACUAAACAGAAAUCGUACAAUAACAUGAGAAACAUACAAUUCACAUUAUGGCUUAAGAACUAGCACGAGAUCCAAAACAAGUGUACACAGCGUGUUUUACAAUUCAGCGGAAAUGUUACAAAUUAGUUUAACUAUCAUAGCUACAGUGAAAAUAUCAGAAAACAAAUAACUAUCUAAACAUUACAAUAUAAGGGAGUAAUAAACUUUACAUUAUUAAGGUUAAACUACACAAAUUAGGACAAUUUUGAUAUGGAUUGACCACAAGUAAUGGCAAUUAUUGUCAUUGAACACUAAUAACACUAUCUAGUAAUUAGUAGUUUAAGUUUUGAGCCUGAGAAGUGACCCAUAUACAGAUGCCUUAGAGAUGGUUAGUGACAUUGUUAAGGGUUUUCGCACACUUGGGUCAAGAUCGCGUACCAGGCAAGCAUGUGUGCGUACGCCCUAACCACAGCUGUUCUCUCAAUCAUAAAUGAAUAAACGUUGACAAGGAC